AUAUGCCCCUCAAUAAACAAGUUUUGAACAUAACUAUUUUGAACAGUAUUUACUCCUUUAUGAAAGAUGGACAUUAUAGACCACCGAACUGUACAGCCGUACAAAAAGUAGCCAUUGUUGUGCCUUACAGAGAUAGACACAAACAACUCCAAGUCUUUUUAAAUAAUGUGAUACCAAGAAUACAGCAACAACAAUUAGAAUUUGCGAUAUAUGUCAUCGAACAAAACUCUGGUCUGCCUUUUAACAGAGGUAUACUUGCAAAUAUUGGAUUCAAAGAGGCCAUGUCAGAAAUUGAAUUCGACUGUAUAGUAUUUCAUGACGUUGACGUUCUACCCAAAGAUGACAGAAACUUUUACGUGUGUUCUGACAAUCCAAUUCACAUGUCAGUUAAAGUUGAGCAAUUUGGAUACCGGUUACUGUAUGAAGAGCUCGCAGGCGGAAUAAUUACAUUUUCUAAGGAGCAGUUCGAAAAAAUAAACGGAUUUUCCAAUCAGUUCUUCGGAUGGGGAGGAGAAGAUGAUGAUUUGUACAGAAGGUAA